CUUGAGAGCUUGUCGAUAGCCUAAAUUAUGUCCCGCUAAUUUCUCCAUCUUGUUGGUACCCAAUCAAACAGCCCACCCCUAUAAAUUCACAAAAUGAAUUCAACGAAAGCUUUAACCUCCAUUGUUGCAGUCCAAAAGUGUGUUUUGUGAUGGAUAGUUGAAUGAAGAACUGUUGGUGGUGGUAGGAGGUGGAGCAGCAGGUGUUUAUGGAGCUAUUAGAGCUAAAACCCUCGCCCCCAAUCUCAAUGUCAUUGUUAUUGAAAAAGGAAGGCCCCUUUCCAAGGUUAUGCACUAUCCCCAUUUUCGACUUCACGUUGUUACAGAUUUUUUUUUUAAUCCUUUAUUUUGAUAAUGGGCAGGUCAAAAUUUCUGGAGGAGGCCGAUGCAAUGUGACGAAUGGGCAUUGUACCGAUGCAAAGAGUUUGGCAGAGCAUUACCCUAGAGGCUAUAAAGAAUUUAGGGGCCCUUUCUUCAAUGUUCACGGUCCAAUGGAUACAAUGUCUUGGUUUUCCAAUCAUGGAGUUGAACUGAAGAUUGAGGAAGAUGGAAGGGUUUUUCCUGUCAGUAAUUGUUCUGCUUCCAUAGUUGAUUGUCUGAUGUCUGAAUCAAAACGCACUGGAGUUUCCUUGCAGACUGGAAAGGUUGUUACGAGUGCGUCGGUUAGUAGUGGCGGGAAGUUCGCUUUGAAGAUUCAAAAGCUUAUGAAUUGUGUUGAACAUAUUGAAGCAAACUAUUUACUGAUUGCUAGUGGGAGUAGUCGGCAGGGCUUUAGUCUUGCUGCUCAGUUUGGACAUUCACUUAUAGACCCAGUGCCUAGCCUAUUUACUUUCAAGAUUGAAGAUCCUCAAUUGGCAGAGUUGUCUGGGGUUUCAUUUCCUAAGGUCAGAGCAAAACUUAAGUUAGAAAACAUACAACGGCAUCAUCCACAAUAUACACAGGUUGGGCCAAUGCUUGUCACACAUUGGGGACUUAGUGGACCGGUAAUUCUUCGUUUAUCGGCUUGGGGAGCUCGUGACCUAUUCACUUCAGAUUAUAAAGGACUGCUCAUUGUGGAUUUUACACCUGAUUUGCAUUUGGAAGAUGUCAAAACAAUUCUUAGCCGCCACAAAUCUCAGUUUAUGAAACAAAAAGUGCACAGUUCAUGUCCAUCAGAUUUUGGCCUUGUGAAAAGAUUUUGGAAAUAUUUAUUGGAUCGAGAGGAAAUAAAUGAUGAGAUUUUGUGGGCUUCCAUCUCAAACAAAUCAUUGGCUUCCAUUUCUUCUCUGUUGAAGCAAUGCAUAUUUAAGAUCUUGGGGAAGGGUCAAUUUAAGGAUGAAUUUGUCACUGCUGGAGGCGUUCCGCUGUCAGAGAUCUCACUUAAAACAAUGGAGAGCAAAAUUCAAUCUCGCCUAUUCUUUGCCGGGGAGGUGUUGAACGUCGAUGGUGUAACAGGUGGUUUCAACUUUCAGAAUGCUUGGUCCGGUGGCUACAUUGCUGGAACUAGCAUUGGUAAACUUGCAAAUGGUGAGUUUCUAGGGAGGGAUAUAAGCAAUUUGGCUUAAGCAUUUUUUACCUGAAAACUUGUUUAACAUUCUAUGUGGAGAUUGGACUGGCCCUUUGUAACUUUGUUGACAACUUCAUUAUUAAAAAGGAAAAAAAAAAAAAAAACUUGUAUAUCCUUAUUGCUAAACAAACUCAUCCUUCGCUCCUUUUAGACAGUAGAUUCUUGGAAAAUUAAUAGAAAAAAUUUGAUCUUUCCUUUUGCCAACA